CGAGGUACCCCAGACGGUCAGACUCCAAACCCAACCUUUUCAGCUCCUUCAAACACAAAGAUGACAUCAAGACCUUCAUGAUCCUCGUGAGAAGGGGCGAGAACGCGCGCAAGUUGCGCGGAGUUAUCGAACAUGUGCCCGCACAGGAAGUGACCUUGUGGCGGGAAGAUGGCCUUGACGUCAUGCAUCACGUGAUAUUGGCCAACAACGUGGAAGCCAUGGAGUACCUUCUCAGCCACGGAUUCUUCGUGAGGCCCCAUCUCCCAGAUGUGAACCCUUACGGGCAGUUAGCGGCCUUGCUAGGGGAAAGAACUCUACUCCAGGUCUUGCUGCAGUAUCGCCCAGACGAUUACUACCCUGUCGACAUUCCGAUACAGCUACCCGAGUCUGUAAUAGAAUCGAUUAUCACGAGCCAGAAGUCCAAAAGAGACACCAAGCUAAAACUAACGAAGCUUCCGGAGAAUUUCUCCUCAUCUUCUCUCGCUUCAAACUCAUCCGGAUCUUCUUCAUCCAACUCCUCUUCUCGCUCGCUCCAGCAAUACCAGAUCGAAUCUCUGGACACUUUCCUCGAGAACCUGAAAAUAAAUUCCAAGAAAAUGACGUCCCCGCUGGAGGUCUCCGCGCGGUGCGGCCACCAGGACUGUGUGCGCGUCAUCCUGAACCAGUGCGUGCUCAAACUGAACGCGGACUCGGAGGAGAUGCUGAACAAGGACAAGAGUGACGUCACGCUCGCCUGUCUCGCCGACAGCCCGCACAGUCUAGCGCUCCUCCUGCACCACGGCGAGCCCAGCCAAUCAGAGUUCGAGGCGGCCAUCAGCGUCUGCUUACACCACGCCCACGCCGAGUGCCUUGACCUACUUUUACAACUGGGUCGUGAGACGAAGACGAUGUUCAAGGGCAUGAACUUCUUCCACGUUCUGUACACGUACUCCUCAGACCAUGGGAAGUUGAGCUAUGCUAGACUGACUCAGACGACAGAAGUUCUGGUGAAGCACGGCCAUGAUGUGAACUGCCGGACUCCCAGUCGGACCUACCCCAUGUACAGUCUGCUCACGCACGCCUUUUGUUUCCACGAAUAUGUCAACACACAGUAUUACAUUAAG